CUAAACCCUUCUCAACUCCUGCUACCAUGACUCGUUACUUCUGCUGUGGAAGCUACUUCCCAGGCUACCCUUGCUAUGGCACCAACUUCCACAGGACCUUCAGAGCCACCCCUCUGAACUGUGUUGUGCCUCUGGGCUCACCCCUGAACUAUGGCUGUGGAUGCAAUGGCUACAGCUCCCUGGGCUACGGCUUUGGUGGCAGCAACAUCAACAACCUGGGCUGCUGCUAUGGUGGCAGCUUUUACCGGCCAUGGGGCUCUGGCUCUGGCUUCGGCUACAGCACCUACUGAAGGACCAUCAGCUCCAGCGACUACAGAAUUCUCAAACAACUCUCUGUACACAGAACAACCUGAAGAGCA